GGUUCACAUUCCUUUUCAACCCAACAUUUCUCCUUCACUACUAGCUAGUUUGCUUCGAUUCAACAUGGGUCAGUCUCCUUGUUGUGAGAAGGAAGAGCUGAAGAGAGGUCCGUGGAUGGCGGAAGAAGACCGAAAACUCAUUGCUUAUAUUCAAAAGCACGGCCAUGGUAGCUGGAGGACUUUACCGGAAAAAGCUGGCCUUCAAAGAUGUGGAAAGAGCUGCAGACUAAGAUGGAUUAAUUAUCUGAGACCCGACAUCAAGAGAGGAAAAUUCACGUUACAAGAAGAACAGACCAUUAUCCAGCUGCAUGCUCUUCUUGGAAACAGAUGGUCCUCAAUUGCCACUCAUUUGCCAAGGAGAACUGAUAAUGAGAUCAAGAACCACUGGAAUACACACAUCAAGAAAAGGCUGAUCAAGAUGGGGAUUGAUCCAAUGACCCACAAGCCCAAAAUGGAUGCCCUGUCUUCACCGGCAGGUCAUGGUAAGAACACCGCCGAUUUAAGCCACAUAGCUCAGUGGGAGAGCGCUCGGCUUGAAGCAGAAGCAAGGUUGGUUGCUAGGGAGGCGAAACAAUUGCCAAACCCUACCAAAAAACCCGCUCAGUUGUUGAUCAACAAAGCCGUAGCUCCCACGGACGCUAGACCAAAGUGUCUUGACGUGCUCAAAGCUUGGCAAGGUGUGGUUACUGGAAUGUUUGCCUUUGCUAGCCACGGCGUUCUUGAGUCACCAACUUCAACACUGAAUUUUUCAAAUGGUGGGAGAAAUGUUCAAUUUCUUACUGAUUCGGCAAUCUCUGUCAAUGAUACAAAAUGGUUUGAUAAACCUAACCAAAUGCAAGAAUUCGAGGAAAUAACCGAUGACUCCAUUAAUAUCAUGUACUCUACUGAAAACGCAUGGUUUGAGGAGUCAUUUAAGUCUGGAAGCAACGUCGAGAACAUAAUGGAGGGACUAUCGGAAGCAAUUGCGUGUAACGAUGGGAUUAUCAACUCAUUAAUGGAUGUUGAAGUGCCUAUAAAUGGAAACGGCGGUGAGAAUAUCGUGGAGAAGAGGAACUAUUGGGAUAGUUUACACAGUUUGUUUAACUCGUCUCCAGCGGCUGGUUCACCAGAGUUCUGAUAAAUAAUGUAUGUUGUCGGAUAAUUGAGGCUGCAACGAUGAUAGCUAGGUGCAGUCCACCUACCAAUGUAACACUCAACGAGGACAUAUAAUAGUAUGAAAUAAUUAAUAUGAUUUUCA